AUGGUGAACCCUGCGAUUCUGGCGCGCUUACAGGAUGAGGUGCGGUCAGCUUUUGUUAGCUACGAGGAUAUUACUGCGGCGACGGCGACUCCAUUGAAGUAUCUCAGAGCCGUGGCGCAGGAGGCUAUGCGCGUCUAUCCUCCGCUUCCUUUUGCCCUUCCCCGUGUAGUACCCAAUGGUGGCUGCACGGUUGAUGGUCAUUUCUUGCCAGGCGGGACCACAGUUUCGACGAGUACCUUUGCGGCAAGUAUGUCAUCUUCGAACUUUGACGAGCCGUGGGAAUUCAGACCUGAGCGGUGGCUCGUGGACAACCCAACGGAUGACCUCGAUGCAAGUCAGCCGUUUUCAUAUGGAACGCGAUCAUGCAUGGGACGAAGCCUUGGCUGGAUGGAAAUUCACACAACUAUGGCGAAGCUGGUCUAUAGGUACGACUUGGAGCUCGCUGACGAGAGUCUCGACUGGCACCGGGAUUCAAGGAUGCAUACGUUGUGGGAGAAGCCUCGUCUGAUGGUGAAACUCAAGCCCCGUGUGUUUCAUUAA